GGCAAAUGGCCGAGUAUGUUAUUGGAAGUGCGUAACGUUUUAGUGCAUGAAAUAUGGCAACAGAAGCAAAUAAUUCCUUCCAAGAUUUGUUAUCUGCAGCACUAGAUGAGUCAGGAAUAACGGGAAAUGACCUAGAAGAUUUUGGGUUUGAUGUUGCGCAAUCCAGUAGUGGGUUCUCUAGUCUAACUGGAUCUGGAACUGAAUAUUCCUUAAGUUCCAGCCAGUCACCUGUUAUCAAAGAUGAUACAUUCAGGCAGUUUGUCACAACUUCUUCAUUCACCAGAACAGGAACCUCCAGUCCAAUACCGGGUCAGACCAUUCAUCGACCAGUGGCAACACAUGCCGUUCAGGGACAGACGACGAUGGUGCCGAAGAUCAUUCAGAUUCCCAACACAAAGGCGAACCUAGGCCUGGUUUCCGGUAUCUCCACUCUCCCAGCAAAUCUUUCCCGAUCCUUGCUUCAGGGAGGGUCGCCCAAUCAGCCGCGUGUGAUUACGAUCCGGAGAGUCGGUUCAGGCAGCAAUGUGACCACCAAACAGACAAUCACCUUGGCCCCACAGUCAGGAGCCUACAUAGUAGCUAACGAUGGCAAGACCGUCAGCACGAUGAUUGACAGAAACGCACUGCAGCUUGGCGUGAAGACAACUCUUUCUGGAAACGGUUUGAAUGGGCGAGUCAUACAGACAGGCUCACCCAUUCAGGUGGUCAGCAAAGUGGGACUAAGUGGAGGGAAAGUGCUGUCUGGUCCUGUGUCUUCGACAGUGUCGUUUUCGACCAACGGUGCCAACGGAAUACACAGGUCGGCAUCAGUCGGUCAAUUCCAGACGUUAACGCACAACACUGUGAUUAGAGGGAACGUGCCAAACUACCCCACCUCUUCUCCGUUACAUAAGUCAGUGACUGUUUCUAACUUCCAGUUACAAAAUAAAGACACGGACCAAUCGUAUUCACACCUGUCUGCACUGCAGGCAUUUUCACAGUUACAGAGACUGAAGAGUGGUGAUACGGUACAUUCCCGCACCAUAGGUAGUUUGUCUUCAAUAUCACCGGCAACCUUGCCUGUGCCCUCAGGCAAUCUUCCUACGUUUGUGUCAAAUGCUAACGAGAGGAACGCUCCGUUUGUAAACGGAACCAGUAUUCCGACAAGUGUGUCCAACAAAGACGUGUCUCGACUCUGGUCUAAUGAUGAUGUUCGCUUGAAAACUAUUCAGUCACAGAGACAUUAUCAAAGCCGACCAAAUAGUGCACUGGAUGAAGAGGAGGUUGAGGAGGAGGUUGAACAGUUGGGACGUGCGGAGACAUAUUCCGAGUACAUGCCACCCAAGUUGAAAAUUGGAGAAAAGCAUCCCGACCCUGUUGUGGAGACGAGUUCACUGUCGAGUGUCGAACCCCCGGAUGUCUACUACAAGCUGUGUAUUCCCGAGAACAUCAUUGACGCGUGUAUGUUGUCCGCCCUACAGCUGGAGACCAUUGUGUAUUCAGGGCAGCGGCAUCAGAACAUUCUCCCCAGUGGGCACAGAGCAGGAUUCCUUAUUGGUGAUGGUGCUGGUGUAGGAAAAGGAAGAACAAUAGCUGGAAUUAUUUAUGAAAAUUAUUUACAAGGCAGGAAACGGGCUAUAUGGCUGAGUGUAUCAACAGAUCUGAAAGUGGAUUCUGAACGAGAUCUGCGUGACAUAGGAGCAAGCAAGAUAGACGUUCAUGCUUUAAAUAAGUUCAAAUAUGCAAAAAUCUCAUCCAAAGAAAAUGGCAGUGUGAAGAAGGGCGUGAUAUUUUCCACCUACUCGUCUCUGAUCGGAGAAAGUCAGUCGGGUGGCAAGUACAAGACACGGUUAAAACAGCUGCUCAAAUGGUGUGGAAAAGAUUUUGAUGGAUGUAUCGUUUUUGAUGAAUGUCACAAGGCCAAAAAUCUGUGUCCAGUUGGAUCAAGUAAGCCAACGAAGACGGGACAGACCGUGUUAGAGCUGCAGAAUCGACUUCCAAAAGCGAGAGUCAUAUACGCCAGUGCAACCGGGGCAUCCGAACCAAAGAACAUGGCAUACAUGACACGACUUGGUUUGUGGGGACUAGGCACGCCUUUCAAAGAAUUCAAUGACUUCAUUCAGGCCGUUGAACGAAGAGGUGUUGGUGCUAUGGAGUUAGUUGCCAUGGAUAUGAAAUUACGGGGAAUGUACAUCGCCAGACAGCUGAGUUUUCAUGGUGUCUCAUUCCGUAUAGAAGAGAUCCCCCUCCCAAAAAACUUCAAAGAUGUUUACGACAGUGCAGUGGAAUUGUGGGUUGAGGCACGUGAGAAAUUUCAGCAGGCCGCGGACUUCAUUGAUGCCGAGCAGAGGAUGAAGAAAAGUAUGUGGGGUCAGUUCUGGUCGGCGCACCAGAGGUUCUUCAAGUAUCUCUGUAUAUCGGCUAAGGUGGCGCGCUGUGUGCAGCUGGCUCGAGACGCUGUCAAAAGUGGAAAGUGUGUGGUGAUCGGCCUUCAGUCGACAGGGGAGGCCCGGACCUUGGAACAGGUGGAGGAAAUGGGCGGAGAACUCAAUGACUUUGUCUCCACAGCAAAAGGUGUGUUUCAGACUUUGGUUGAAAAGCAUUUUCCUGCUCCUAACAGAAGGAAAGCUUUUGAUAUUUUUGGAAUUAGCAGCUUUAAGGACAACGCAAACAACAAACGUAAACGAGAAGUCAAUGGUGGAGGCAACCACACCAAGAAACUGAAGAUGGACAGCUUGAAUUCCGGGAGUUCAGAUAGUUCCUCUGAUUCAGGGCCAAGUGACCUUGACCUGAGUCUGAGCGAUUCCUCUGACUCGGAGAGUGAGGUUAACAGUGACAAUUCGAAUCCGUUCGGUGCAGGGUCCGAUAGUGAUGAUGAUCCCUGGUUAAAGAAAAAAUCCAAAAAGAGUAAACCAAAAGAGAAAAAGAAGAAGGUUCCAAAAGAGAAAAAGAAAAAGAAAAAAUCAAAGAAAAACGAUUUUGAUGAGGAUGAGAAGUUUGACCGGCAGCUCGCGGCGGCAGGAUUGCUGUCAAAGAACGGACAUAACAGUUUCGAUUCUACACCUAAUCCUGACAGCAUGACGAACAAUUACUCUUCAAGUCAGAGCUUGUCGACAAAUGAGGAUGGUUGGGACAAAGCACUGUCCAUGAAGUCUGACUUGUUGAAUAAAAUAGAGGCUCUCGGUGAUCAGCUUCCUCCCAACACACUGGAUCAGCUCAUUGAUGAACUAGGGGGACCCGAUAAUGUUGCAGAGAUGACGGGUCGUAAAGGCCGAGUGGUGUCCAAUGACGAUGGUGGCAUCUCGUACGAGUCCCGAAGUGAAGUCGAUGUACCUCUUGAAAUCCUCAACCUUACUGAGAAGCAGCGAUUUAUGGAUGGAGAAAAGUGUAUUGCUAUUAUAUCUGAAGCUGCCAGUUCGGGUAUUUCAUUGCAAUCUGACCGAAGAGUUAUCAAUCAAAAAAGACGAGUUCACAUAACACUGGAGUUGCCUUGGAGUGCAGACCGGGCUAUCCAGCAGUUUGGACGGACUCAUCGAUCGAACCAGGUGAAUGCACCAGAGUACGUGUUUUUGAUCUCCGAGCUUGCUGGAGAGAGGAGGUUUGCGGCCACUGUAGCAAAAAGACUGGAGAGUUUGGGAGCUCUGACUCAUGGUGAUCGACGGGCCACCGAGACGCGAGAUCUCAGCAGGUUCAACAUUGAUAACAAGUUUGGCCGAACAGCUUUGGAGGUGAUCAUGAAAUGUGUACUGAACAUCAAUGGUGAGGUUACACUGGUGCCAACACCCAGCAACUACGUUGGCAACUUCUUUGAAGAUGCUAAGAAGAGUCUUAUUGGUGUGGGAAUGGUCACCGUUCAGGAAAACUCUGGAUUCUCAAAUCUAGAAAAAGAUUACAAUAACAUCAGCAGAUUCUUGAACCGAAUACUUGGGAUGAAGGUUGCCAUACAGAAUGCCUUGUUCAUGUACUUCACGGAAACUCUCACCACAAUCAUUCUGGAGGCCAAGAGGAAUGGCCGCUGGGACAUGGGAAUUCUAGAUCUUGGCUCUGGACAAGAGAGAGUUCACAAACUGGAAACACAGACAUUCCUUGGAAAUACUGCUACCAAUACAGCCAAGACUGAACUUACUACAAUAUCUGUGGAGCGUGGCAUGUCAUGGCUGAAUGCCACAGAUCUGUGGAGGAAAUGUGUUGGAACAGAAGAAGGAUUCUAUCUCUCACAUCAGGAAAGAAACCUAAAGAGGACCUCCGUGUUGGUUGUGAUACAAGGCAAGAACAAGAAGCACGAGAAGCUGUACAAUGUAUACCGUCCAAACACAGGGCUUCAGCCACGCUGCGAGACUAUGGAGGAAAUCAGAAAGAAAUAUAAAAAGGUUUUACCAGACCAGGCUCAGACUUGGUGGGAUGAUCAGUAUUAUUUGUCAACAACCUGUUGCAGUCACGCCUACUGGCGAGGUAACUGCCGCCGAGCGAGUCUCGGUCUAUCCUGUGAGAUAGGCCUGCGUACUCGGACCUACCACGUGCUGAGUGGCUCCGUGCUCAGUGUGUGGAGUAAAGUGGAGAGCGUUCUCACAUCCAUGCCUGGUGCCUCAGGAUCCAAGAUGCAGAUCAUCAGGCUAAAGACCGACGACGGUCACAGAAUUGUUGGGAGUCUCAUACCAGGCAACUGUGUUAAGUCUUUGAUCUCCAUUCUGUCUCAGGAUUCUGCCAAAACAUACACAGAGAAACACGAAGUUCCAGACACGGAGCCGGCACCUUUAAGCAUGCCCAUGCUGUUCUGAGUUCAUGAAUAUUCAUGUAUAAGCAUCAAGAUAUCAUCUGAAGAUUCAUCAUUGUUCACACUUCAUGAGUACAGCUUUCAGUAUUAGAAGACAAUACAUAGAAGACUGUGACUGUACUGAAUAGAGCUUACACGUUUAAGCAAUUCCGUGUCAUUCUAAGUUCUUACAUAUGUAAAAGUAUUGAGUCAACUUGACACAUGCCAUUGCACCUUAUUCACAUUGAAAUAGGGUCACAUCAAGACAUGAGCAAAAACAACAUUUCAUGAAAAAAAGUUUGAAUCUGUAAGCAAGCCAUCCUUAUUAGGAAAAUAAGAAAAUAAAUCAAUGGUUGUUAUUAUUCCCAAUAGAUAUGUAGAAAACUAUUUUGUGAAGACCUAUUCUUUCUUUUGACAGUCAUGAAAAAUUAUUUUGAAAAGAAAUAUUCAGACACUCCCAACAUUCCCAAAAAGACCAAAACAGGUCUUUUAAGCAAUUUAUUCUCAAGUUAUGAUACACAUCAAAGCUUUUAGAAGUUGUCUCAAGACUCAAGAGUGUUCUAAAUGUUUUGUUCCCUGUCAACCAACACAAGAAAAGGCAGUAGGAGGAUCACAGAUGCCAGUAUUAAGCCUGACCGACUUUAAAAAAAAAAACAAAUCUGCAAAAUAGUACAUACAGAACUACGAAAGAACCAACUGGUCUGUUUCUCUUAUAUCAAGCAGCUGCUUUAUCUAGUCAGAUGUCUUAUAUUCUUAUAAACCUGGUGUGUGAUGCACAAAGUUCUCUUAAGAGCUGCAUUGCAUCGUCCUGUCAGUUUGCAAGAUAUCAAAGUUGUGAGAGAUUAGUGAAUUAGUCGCCUCCGAAGAAUCUCCUUAGGCUGUUUGACUGCUUUGUAACACAUAAAGAGGAUAAGCCAAUAUGGAUCUGUUCUUGCACUAUUAUGCUAAUGUUCCAUACACAGACAGUUCUGUUGACUUUCACUCGUGGAAUUCAACCAUUGUGGUGAAGACCCGUUUCAGUUUGUUCUCGAUACACCCAGAGUAUGGUGCUAAUGAUGCCAUGUUUUAUUUAUGCAGCUAAUUUGUUUUCACAAGUUUUUAUAUGGUUAGCAUCACAUGUUUUUUUUGUUUUUGUUUUCCUUUUAAAAUACAGUAAAACGUUAACAGUAUUUUUAUAGUCAUUCCAACAUGAAGCUUUUGACCGUCACAACUGAAGUAAAAAAGAUUUCUUUUAAUGGAUGAAUUUUAUAAUGUUUGAUUUUUGAGCUUUGAAAAUGAAGAAUGGAUCUUUUUGAGCUUCUGGAAUGAAGAAUGGAGAAUUUUUUUUAUAUAUUGUCUUUGUCCGUGCUUCCAUUCAUCAGGUACAGCAGUUUCUCAAUGGCAGAUAAUUGUUUGGUGUAUGAAUAAAAUGACUGUUAACUUGUGAAUGAAAGCUGCCAAUUAAAACUAAUACAGUGUUAACUGGGAUCUUUUUGGAAACAUUUCUUUGUGAUUAGUAACAUUGUGUGGUUAUGUACAAUUUGUGGUGUGGAAAAGAAGUUUUGAGUAAAAGAUCUUUAAAUGGUUCAUUAAUAAAUCUUUCAUUGGUUGGAGUAUGAAAUAAGAUGAAAUACUUUUUGUGUACAGAAAGGAGUUACUUCCCUUGUGUGCAAUCUUCAGAGAAAAAUAGAAAUUGUUUUGUUUCUCAGUUGUACAUAUGUAUUAAUUUUGUUGUUGAUUGCAAUGUACAAGACACUUGCAACAACAAAAUCUGUGACAGAAUGUUCAACUAUUUCAUGGUGGUUUGUGAGGGAGACAAGAAAACACAACAAGACUUCCUUAUAGUUACACCCUAUGUCUUUCAGUAUUGAAGACUUGUUACCUACAUUCCUCCUGGAUAUUGAUUGUGCCUCCCAAACAUUUAUUGCUAGACAUAAACUGAAAGCAAAAUGUUCCGAUGCCUGUGAUUUUUGACAGAUUAUUUAAAAGUGUGUUGCUUUGACCAAUAGUGUCGGUAUACAUAUCUGUAAUUACUUUGCAAUGUUGCCAAAGUGUUGGCACGCGCAUGUUUUCAGAAAUGUAUGAUAACAUAUACUAUAUUUGUAUCCAGUGUCACCGAAGUCAUAUUUUGUACUUUAUUUAUCUGUGUAUUUGCAUGUUGUUUUGAAAUAAUAAUGCAUUGUGGUUUAUUAAUUUAUGUUACAAAAUAUGUGAGAAUGAAUACUAAAGGCCAAAAUCGAUCAUUUAUAUGUCUUGAUGUUUGAAGAAUUUGUUUUGUCACUGCUUUUUUUUCUUCUGUUUUUAAAAAAAAAUGCCAUUGUAUGCCAAGUAGUGUAUUAAGUUAAUUAUUGAAUGUUUAUGUAUGCAGAAUUCUUGUUUUGAAAACCUCAAAGCAGAUGAUCACAGUAGUACAUACAGUAGGUGAAAUUAGCGUUAAAAUGCAGAAAAUAAGUAGAUAGUUGCAUUAGUUUACGGAAAUAAAAGCUUUCUGACAACCAUAAAUAGUUAUCAGCUAAAAACAAGAACUGUAAUUAAGCAUGAUACAAAUGUUUUAGGUUUAGAAAAAGAGAAGUUUUAAGAAUGUAUGGAAAAAGUAUUUGGUGAGAGGUAGAUUCAUGUAGUUUGUUUUGCUGUCUACAGAGCAUAUAGAUUUAGUUUUUGAGAUGAAAGAGAAACAUAGUUGGCUAGAGGAUCCUUAGAAAACAUUUAGUUAGUGUUAACAUGACACACAGUGUUGGUAUUUGUUUAAUAAGAAUUGAGGAGUGUGUUGGGUGGUGGGGGUUUGGUUUGGGUUUUUGUUUCUAAUUGUAUUGAAAAUCAUGACCCCAAAAGGUCGGUUGGCACGAUGUUUGUUAGUGUGGUUAUGGUAAAUAUAAAAAACAAAAUUAAUAUAUAGCUAUUUGAAAAAAACAUUAUUAGAAAGAAUGCUAUGUGCUUUUGGACUUACAUGUACACUGAAUACAACCUUAAUGCAGACAAAAGCAUUAUAAACAAAAGCACCAACCUAACGAAAACUUAAUGUUUCAGUUAAAUAACAGAUGUCAGACCUGAAAUAAUGUCCUAUUUGUCAUUUCACAGUUUAAAGCUUGUAGAAAUAUGUAUUUAAUCCAUGGGUGUAGGGACAAAGGAGAGCACUUGUAAUCCCCUGAAUGUUUUGGGUCAUAUAUUUGUCUGUCAAAGCAUAUGUUAUCUCAUAAAUUUUACCUAUACCUACAGUUUUCUAAAUGUUCGAGUACCCAUUAUCAGUGGAGUUGAGCCUGUUCAGCUGAAGAUUUUGAUACAAAGUCCUAUGUAGUAACUUGAAAAUAAUACAUUGCAAAACGAUGAAUUAUUUGUUGAUAAUAUUCAUGAUAUUUGGAAUUGUAAUUGUAACAAAUUAUUUGAUUGGACCCGUGCAGUUGUUCAUUGUUAAUAAAUAGUUCACCGAUUCUAACAAUUUGAGACAUGACUCUAAUGUUUCAAAUUUAAAUGGUAUACAUUGUGGGGAAAAUAGCAUUUAAAAAGUCUUACUUAUGAUGAAUUUUACUUGUAGAAUACAGAAAAUUACAUUAUAAUUUAUAUAUGACAUUUUCAGGUCAAAAUUGCCUUACCAAACUUUCUUAGAUGAAACGCCUUCUCUGUCAGCCAGUCAGGUGCGCCAAGGUUUGCUUGCUUCUGCCAAGCCUACAUAUGCCUGAUUAUUCAGGCUUAUACUUUAUUAUGUGCCAUCAUGUCAUGUGUAUGGAUGCCCACAAUUUUAUCUACUUGUCUGUUCUUUUGGGUCCAUGACACUUUACUUGGUUAACGUUUGUUUAUGGGUUAUAUAUGGAGAUUUUGUGAUUAGAAUUUUAAAAAAUAUUACAGAAUAGAAAGUGGUAGGUAGGGAGGUCUAGACCACCUAGAUCCACACAUUUAUUUAUUAAUUGAAAUGGUGGCAGCUAAAUUCUUACUGAGGUUCAUCCAUAUUCAUUUGCUCAAGUAAGCUGCCUUUAAAGAAUCUCUUCAUUUUCUAUAAGAUAAAAGGGAAUUUUAUUUUCACAAAGAAGCUAAACACAAGUUAUAACUCCUUUAUUGACAUUCAGCAAGACGGUGUAAAUAUGUUUAUUGUAACUAUCUACUGGAAUCCAUCAUAAUGUUCAAAUCUACAUGACAAACUGAAUAUAUUAAGAUCAUAACCAAUCACUGCCUAUCUGUUGCCCCUGUCAGUCUUUCUAGGAUGUAUGUUUAUUGGCUGAUUAUUUAUAGAUUUGUAUAUAAACAUAUGGAAUAUGCAAGUAUUCAUUUAGUAACAUUGACAGUGUCAUCGGCGUCAGUGGCGCAGUGGUUAAGCUAUCGAACUACAGGUUGGUAGGUACAGAGCUCGCAGCCCGGUACCGGCUCCAUCCCAGAGCAAGUUCUUAAGGACUCAGUGUGGGUGGGUGUAAGGCCACUAAC